UGGGAUUAUAAGAGGUUUAUCCCCUCCGUGCUUUCCACUCUCUCUCCCGCCUCGCGAGUCGACGACAAACAUUUUCCUGUAACUCAACAAGAUGGCCCUACAAUGGGACGUCAUACUCGCUUUCGUCCUCAUUGUUUCCCUCAUCUCUGCUGUCCAAUCGCGGUCUCGGAAGUCUAGCGCGCCUGUUCUCACGUCAGACUGGUUCUUCGGGUACCCGACGGCGCUCAAGAUGUUCACCCAGUAUAGGCCGAUGCUCGUAGAAGGAUAUGCAAAGUUCAAUAAACAUGCAUUCCAAGUCCCUGGCAUAAAGGGAUGGAUCGUAUUUGUUGGAAGAGAGCUGUAUGAUGACGUCCGCAAGGCCCGGGAUGAUUCGCUGUCCAUGCCCGAGCAAGUGAAAGACACCGUCGCCCUCGAGUACACCAUCGACCGCGCUGUCGCCCUCGACCCAUGGCACAACAGCGUCGUGCGCAAGCAAAUGACCCAAGCACUCGGCGCCAAAUUCCCAGAAAUCUACGACGAGAUCACGUCUGCUUUCCAGGAUGAACUAAAGCUGAGUGGAAAGGAAUGGAAACCCGUGUACGCGCACGAUCUCAUCAUCCACAUCGUCUGCCGUGCCUCCAACAGGCUAUUCGUCGGGCUCCCCCUCUGCCGAGACCCGGUUUACACCCAAAUCUCGCGCGACUUCUCAGGCACCGUGAUGUUCUCCGGCUUCCUCAUCAACCUCUUCCCAACCUUCCUCAAGCCGCUUGUAGGGAGAUGGAUCACUGCUGCGCCCCGUGCGAGGAAAGGGUUCGAGAAGUUUCUGGUGCCGAUGAUAAAGGACAGAUGGAGGAAGGAACAAGAGAUGGGAGAACUGUGGGAGAAGGACAAACCGUCCGACCUAUUACAAUGGGUUAUGGACGCAUCGAAAGAGCACGACUCCACCCCGGAGGAUAUCACCAAUCGUCUGCUUGGUGUCAACUUCGCCGCCACGCACACAACCUCGCUCUCCUUCACACACGUGGUGUAUUGGCUCGCCGCACGUCCAGAAUGUGCAUCCAUUCUCCGUGAAGACGUCGACGAAGCUGUGGCGAAACACGGUUGGACCAAGACCGCUCUCGGGGAGAUGCACAAGAUUGACAGCUUUAUCAAGGAGUCCUUGCGUGUCACAGGUAUUGGAGCGACCGCCAUGGGCCGAAAGGCGAUGAAGGACCUCACCCUCUCCGACGGGACCUUUGUACCCAAGGGCGCAAGCGUGGUCAUGAACCUUUGGGGAAUACAUCACGACCCUACCAUUUUCCCCAAGCCGCUCGAGUUCGAUCCAUUACGCUAUUCUCGGCGUAUCGAGGCUGGAGAAUCCGAGGCUGGAAACAGCCUCGCUACAGCAAGCGGCGAGUUCCUCUUCUGGGGCGGAGGGUCCCAUGUCUGUGCAGGCAGGCACUUCGCCAGCCAAGAGAUGAAGACCAUGCUCGCGGUGAUCGUAUCCCUGUAUGAGGUGAAAUUUGAAGGUUUGGCCGAUGGGGUGCGGCCGAAGGACAGGUGGAUGGCCUAUAGCUGCAUACCGGAUAUGAAGCAGAGGGUUAUGUUCAGAUUGAGAGAAUAGACAAAUCCCGGGCUUGAAAUUCCUUUAGU